GGAAGACGAAAGCACACUUUUUAAAAUCUUAUUUUGAACAAAUUAAUUUGUACUCCACUACUACGUUCAACUUUUUGGAGUGUAGAGAAAAGAGUAUACAUGUGUGAUCUAAACUAAAUUACGUACAUUUGCUUUACUAAAAUCCAUUUGCUACUACUGAAAAUGAUCUUAACGAAUAAUAAUUCAUAAAAAGGAAUACCAAAAAAAGAUUAAUCAUUUUCACCUUAGUAUAACAAAUGAUUAAUUCGGAUUAUGAAGUUAUGAGCUCUGUACUUUUUAUUUAUUUAUUUUUAAACUUUGCCAUUAAUUUUCCCUACUUUGAAUUUUGAAUCACCCCUCAAAUCACUCGUCAAUGCCAUCCUUCUUCAUCUUUACAUCAUUGCUGGAAUCGCCUCCAGCUUGCGGCGGCGUGGGAUCGGAGUGGAAUCUUCAUGCCCCAAUCCAGCUGUACCAUUUUAAUAUCGUCCCAGAAUUCCCUGAACAUGGGAUCGGAUCAUGAUUCAAGCGAAAAUGGCGGCCGUAAGAGAUCAUAAGGGGCCCACAGAGCAUCCAAAGGGCAGGGCCUGCUCGCAUCCAGCCUCACCCAUGGCUUCCCUUUCCCGCUCCAAUGCAACAGGCUCACCGGACCGGGAUGCAGGUCUCUGCACAGUCCCCGGAAGUUGUCCCCUCCGAGGCCGUGCUGAUUCCACCGGUGAUCCACCGGCGCUAUUUCUCCGGCGAAGACCAGCAAGAACGGCGGCAGGGACCCCAGCUCGUAUAUCCUAAUCCUCUUCUGCAAUUCCAUCCACUCUUCGAUCUUGGUCGUGUACUCCCCUGUUCUCCACCGGUCGAGAUCGAUCACCAUCACGCCGGUGUUGAAGUAGCACGGUCUCCGGCCGGCAAACGCCGAGGAAAGCGAUGGGUUUGACCAGAAAGUCGGGGUGAAGUACGCCGUGAAAUUCGCGUUGCAGUACUCCGGCGCGGCGAGUACUCUGUUUUCCCCGAGCGGCGUGGCGGCGAGCUUGGCGAUGUCGUCGACGACGACGAGGUCGGAGUCGAGGUACACCACUUUUCCGACGCAGAGCGGGAGUAUCUCCGCCAAAUAGCUCCGGGCGUAGUUGAGGGGGCAGUCCAGGGCGGAGCGGAUGGAGGUGGAGAUCAAUCCGGCGACGAACGAGUCGUCGAACCGGUAAACUCGGAACCGGAGGUACGGGAACGACGCCACAAUGGUGGCGCGUAGUAGCUGCGCGUCGGCGGAGGCGGAGGUGACGAAGUGGAAGUCGACGCUCUGGGGACAGGAAGAGUGUUGGAGGAUGGAGAGAACGGCCGCCAUUGAUCCGCGGAUGUACGCGGCGUCGAGGGUCAUCGCCACGUGGACGGCGGCGUCGCCGGAGCAUAUGAAGUCGUCCCUGUCAUCCAAAAUGGAGUGGCAUUCCGGCGAGUUAUAAUACUCCGGCGCUUCCCGGAACCUGUCUGACAUCUUAAACGGGGACGGAAUAAAAACGCCGGCAACCAAGGGCGGAGAGAGGAAGAUGAAGAAAAAGAAGAGGAAGGAUUCUUGAAUCGCCGACGAGCCGCCGUUCUUCAUGUGGCCGGUGAAGCUGAAUUAAUUAGCCUAGCUAGGUUAGUUUAAAUGCGGAGGUAGAGAUCGAAAUCUCGGAAUUUAUGCGCAGUUUUUGGGUAGGAG